GUAGAGAUAGAGAGAGAGAGAGACAGUCAGCCGACGGUGGACCUCGCUCGCUGGAAACGGUGGAGCAGACCGGAGAGAAGAGAAGAGUGAUGAAACGGCGAGAAAGAAGGGAAGCUGGAAGACAUAACCGCGGUGAUAUUCCUCCCUUAAUUGCGGCAAGCGUAACAGCUAGCGUCAGAUCACAUGCCACGUUAGCACUACAACGUUUGCGAAAACGAAGCAUCAAAUCCCACCGUUCACAUCCGCCGGAGGGGGAAUCCCACCCUCUACGUUCGCCUGGCGCUUGGACCCGUAAUGGCAGAAACCCGAAUCCUCCCACGAUCGUCAAAUUUGCAUCUUUUUAGAGACUAUUCUCGCCGCCAUUACUAGCCAAUGACGAGGACGAAGACCCGGUCGACCCGAACAUCCCCGACCGACGAUGAUCUCUGCCGGUGCAAGUUGGAGUCGCUCAUGAGGAAGCUGAGGGAGGAGCAGAGCUGGAGGAGGUGGUGGACUGGAGGUCUCCGGAGUUGGGGACAGAGGAGGAGGAUCGGGGAAGAUGGGUAUACCAGAGGACGAUUUGAAGGCUGGGGUGAAGGGAAGGCGUUGGCGGUGGGGGACAAGAAGCGCCGGCGGCCGGCGGCCGAUAAGUCCAACCACCGUCACCCGCGUCGGGGGAGGAGGUGGAGGUGGUCUUGGGAGAGUGGGGGGCGGAUACGGCGGCUUAAGUGAGGAAGUACGGUUAUUGGAGGUUCAGGAGAAGCUUGAUUCGGCAAAUCCAUUACCGACAUCGCUGCAAAAUUAAUACCGUACAUUACUUAAUUAACCCCCUACUAAUGUUAACAUUGCUAGAUUUUAUGUCACCCGCUUCUUGGUGGUUGGGCACAGUCGGAUAGAGCUCUUUCUUCUUAAUAAUGGCGGCCACUUCCUCUCUGUUGUCGAUCUCCUCCGCCUCUCUCCACUUCUCCCCCAACCCGACAACCCCGAAGAUGCGAAGAAAACCCCCACCUAUCUCCAUCUCCACGAACCCCUCCCACGUCGAUCCCCUCCAGCUCCAAGACCUCCUUCGCUCCGCUAAUUUCUCCUGCCACCGCUUCCCGGCCCUCGCCGCUGAUGGCCGUGCGGAGCCCGUCGAUACCGGCAAGCUCCAGAUUGCCCUCGCCCACAGCUUCGUCGUCGUCUCCGUCUUCUGCCGGCCCAAAUACUUGGUCGAGGAUGAUAAAAAUGAGAUCUUGAGAGCUGGGAUCGCAAAUUUUUUUGAGAGGGCGUUGCCGGUGCCGGAAUCGGACAGCCGAUUGGUGGGGUUCGGCCGGGCGGUGUCGGAUGGAGGACUGACGGCUUCGAUCCAUGACAUUGUGGUUAUCCCUUCAUUACAGAGACGGGGUAUCGGUCAAAAAAUAGUUGAAAGAAUAAUAAGGAUUCUCACCAGCAAAGGCAUAUAUGAUAUUUGUGCCUUGUGCACAGAAAAGGAGAGGUUAUUUUUCAAAGCAUGUGGAUUUGGAGGGGAUUCUCUGGGGUCUACUACAAUGAUGUAUACCCGAUCUGCCUUGAGUUACCUGCAAGGCAAUCUCAUGGUCAGACCUGCUGGUAGGCUGCUGCUUUUGGUUCCACCCUCUCGAGGUCCCACGAGUGAAGUUCACACAGAAGUUUCAUGAGCUGUCAGGAAAAAAAGGUAGGAGCAUGCGAGGACCCACAUGUUUUUGAGUCAAAUUAUGACACCUUGCCAUUAAUUUUAAGAAAGCAGAGGAGAGGUGAGGAUCACCCUCAACAGCAAUACAUGACCUCAAUUUUUGUGACAGUUGUAUAAAAAAGAAAUUAAGACCAAGAUAGGGAUGAUUCAAACUUUCACUCUAUUGCAACUUUGUGAAAAGCAAAUCCAACAUGUUCUAUUCGAUCAUCUGACUUCUUUUUUCUUUGUUUCCUUGAAAAUUCUGAAUCUAAUACUCCUUGUCUGGGGA